CAGGCAAUCAACUACCUUAAUUGCGUCACGAAAGUCGGUAAAAAAAAUAGUAAAAAGAACUUUUUACACAUGUGUAGAAUAAUUUACAAUAAUAUACGAAAUAUUGCGUUUUUUCUUCUUCGCGAAUUCAUUCUCUUUGUCGCAUUGGCCGCAUAAAAACGUGUUUUGCAAGUUGUGUGUAAAAAAUUAAAUGUAUUCGCGAACUAUAGGGGAUUUUUCUCACUCAUUCAGUUGUUGUGUUGUAAAGACGCAAGCAGCAUCAAUGGAUUUGCAAAGAUUACCAAAAAUAAUCUCUCCAUCGGACUUUAUAUCAAAAUCUCCGAGCGAAAUGAGAGACUUGGCAGCUCGUAUUUGUCGAGAUUACCUAACUGGUGCCUGGAAAACGGUCUCAGCGGAUGAGAUCAAGCUCAAACGCAUAAGUGGUGGCCUUUCAAACUAUUUGUACUACGUUAGCUUACCGGAUAGUACGAGAAAUUCCUCGAGAUCAUCUUCAAUCUCAGCUUCGUCCACCAUUCCCACGGAACCCAUCAACCUCAUCCCCAAACGUCCACGGAAGGGUAGUGCUGAUGAUUUCCUGCGCAAUGGGAAUCUCUAUGAGCCACGUGAGGUGCUCCUGCGAAUCUAUGGGCACACACACGGGGAACAAGCAUUGGAGACAAUGUUAACGGAAACAGUUGUCUUUGCACUGCUGAGUGAGAGGAAAUUGGGGCCAAAGUUGCACGGAAUCUUUCCCGGGGGUCGUAUUGAGCAGUAUAUUCCUGCACGAGCUCUGAGAACUCCGGAGCUGUCCAAUCCAAGAAUUUCAGCGAGAAUUGCAGAGAAGACCGCUGAAAUUCACAGUUUGAACAUUCCAGUGUCAAAGGAGCCCGACUGGCUGUGGAGUACGAUGGACAGGUGGCUCAAGACGGCCGAUUCGGUCCUUUGCAAAUUCCAACCAACAAGCCCCGAUGAGGCUGAACAGUUGGAGAAGCUGCGUAAGAUCAAUUUUCGCGCCGAAAUGAAUUGGUUUCAGCGAAUUGUGAGAGAAUCCCCGGAAUUUCCGGUUGUUUUCUCCCACAAUGACCUCCAAGAGGGGAAUAUUCUGUUCAAAGACUACGAAUCUGUCGAUAGGAGAAUAAGCGAUGACACGGAUAUGCCACAUUUCAGUGAUGGUUUGAAUGCGAAUUUUCAAUCUAUUUUGCUAUCAGCUGCACAGGGUGAUUCAGCACAUGAUCCCACCACACUUGGUGAGGACAAUGGCAAUGCAAUGGGGCAAAUGUCGCGUAAGAGAUCCCUCAAUGAUAAUGAGGAUUCUAUCGGCGGGGAAUUGGAUAAUACGCGUGAUUCCGUUCUCAGUGGCAAUUCUCAGAUGUUUUCAGACAGCAACGACGGAUGCGAUCCUGAGCUAAUGAUCAUUGACUUUGAGUACUGCUCCUACAACUACCGUGGCUUCGAUUUUGCCAAUCAUUUCAUCGAAUGGACCUUUGACUACAUAUCCAAUGAGAACUACCCCUUUUACGUUCACAAACCUGAGCAAUUUCCAAAUCAAGAGCAAAGGGAACAUUUUAUAUCGGCAUACCUGCGAAGGAUUCACAAUGAUGACGAAUACAAAGCAAGUGAUGAGGAAAUGCAUGAAAUUCAAAAGGAAAUUGACUGCUUCACAAUGGCAUCACACCUCUUUUGGGCACUCUGGUCAAUUGUAAAUGUUUACCAGGAAAUUGAAUUUGGCUACUGGCAUUAUGCAAGUUGUCGCAUUGAUGAAUAUUUCCGGGCAAAGCGUACAUAUCAAACACUCUAUCGGUAUACCAACGAUCAGGAUCGAGAGUAGGGCUAGAUUUUCAAAUAAAUAAUAACAAAAAGAAAAAAAAAGUUAACUUAUGUACUUAUACUAGUAGGGACACUCUUGCAAUUUAUUAAAUCUCCUGUGAUCCUAAUUCACACAUCUUUAUUUUCUAAAAAAAAAAACAAAUAUGUAGCCUUUAAGAGCGAAAUUGGUCAAAAUUGCAAAUCGAAAUUGCGAGGCAAAGCGAGAUUAUAAAAUAAAAUAAAAUCCUGACUGAGGUAGUAGAUAGGGAUUGAAAAAAAAUUG